UCGCCAUGGCAGCGGUUGGUUGUGACAUCACCGCCAUUUUGCCCAAAUGUUGUGAUGGAAGCAGCGAGAAAAUCAGAAACCGACAGAAAAGCACCUAAAUUCAGACGUGAAGCGGACCAAUCUAGACCAGAGGGAGCCGAGUCAGCGAAUCAGAGUGAAUCGCGUCGAGAAUCGAACCGAAUCAGGAGUCGGACUGAUCUGCGAUAACAGGUGUGUCGCUGCAUCAUGUGACUCUUCCCGUCACUCGUCAGCAUGAGCGGUGCGUCCGUGUCUCCGUCUGGACUCUGAUGAUGAUGAUGUUCGGGCUGAUUCCCCAGGAGUUACACGCACAGCUCCUGGACCUCCAGAACUAUCAGAGCCGGACCAGCGGCGUGGAGGAGCUGAAGAACAUCCUCCUGGAGCUGGAUCUCCAGCAGCUCUCCUCCGCCAGCAUCCUGGACUUCAUACAGUUCUUACGCAAGCUCCUGGACGACAGCAACUUCAGGGUCCUGUGCGGAGCGCUGCAGCUCAUCAACCUGCUGAUCCAGAAGCUGGAGAGCCAUGUGGAGCGCUAUUAUAAGGAGAUCGUGAGCGUGACGGUGCGAGCGCUGGGCGACUCCCGUAGCGUGACGCGGCUCGAGUACAUGAACGUCUUCAGGCAGCUGAUGAGGACGGUGGGGCCGCAGAAGGUCCUGGAUCUGCUGGUGUGUCAGCUCAAGCACAGGAACUCCAGGGUUCGAGAGGACGUCAUCAACAUCAUCACGGCGGCCCUGCUCACACACCCGCGCAAGGACUGCGAUAUCCCCGGCCUGUGUGUGGAAGCGGCGCCGGCGCUCGCCGACAGCAAGAGGAAGGUGCGUCACGCGGCUCUGGAGCUCUUCGCCGUCUUGGACUACUGUCUGGACACGGGUCAGAAGCAGCCGCUCGUGAAGGCCGUGGAUGGAGUGGAGCUGGCCGGAGACGCCGAGGGCCUGAUGGCUGCUGUACAGGCGCGGAGAGCACGACACAUCCUCCCUCGACUCGCUCCCGACGGAUCCCUGGAGUACGCGCUCACUCUUCCUAAACCGGGACAGAGACGGACGCCUCAGCUGGGCUCCGGGGCCGAUCUGGACUGGGUUCUGAACGGAGGCCGGGCUCACAGCUCUCGCUCAGACGGGGAUCUGACGGAGCAGAGGAGGAUGGUGAGCGCCGGGAAAGGGAAGAACAAGCUGCCCUGGGAGAGAUCCGCCCUCUCUGUGGAGCUCCAGAGCAACGGAGCGUCACCUGAUCAGCUGGUCAUCGGUGAAGAUCCGUCCUCAUCCAGCAGACUCCGUCAGCACACUGGAGUCAAACACAGUCCAUCAGAACCGCUCCUGUCUCCGGGCCGGUCCCGCAGGUCUCUGGGUCGACUGCGCCGAAGCGGGAGUUUGGACUCGGAUCCAGACGUUCUCAAAGCGGCCGAUCGCUCGGAGUCUGAGAAAGGUUUGCUCAAGACGAGAUGUUUUCUGUCAGGCAGCGUUUCCCUCCCGACUGACUCUUCACCUCUGCUGCCCUCGUACCCGCUGACCGCGCUAACAGGGAGUCUGCUGACCCCCACCUUACCUCGCCGAAACCCCGCUGACCCCUCGCUGUCCAUGUCCAGCACGUGGUCCAUCAGCCCUCACCGCAGGAGCGACGGCUCUGGUGAGGUGAGCUCCAGGAAGUGCUCUCCACUUCCUCCUCGAGCUGAACGUGCCUCGUCCGUCCGUCAGAGCCCGAACACCAGACCCUCGUCGCUGGACACACACCUGGACAGAAACCUGCAUCUGGAUCUGUUCAUCAGCAGCGGCCCAGGAGAGACAGAGGACCACGAGGAGAUGCUGAACUCCUUGCGCUCGUUGAGGAACAGCGCUGCUAGGAAGCGGGCCAAGGUCAGCGCGAGCGGCUCUGAGCCGGAUCCAGACAGUCCGGACUCGGCGGUGAAGCUGGAGCUGGUUCCUGAUUCUCCGGAGCACACGUCUCCUUCCGUCAGCAGUCCUCUGAGCGAGAGCGGCCUGUGCUCUCCUCCGUCUCCCAGCGGCACCAAGAGCAGCCCUGUGGAGUCUGCGGUGAAGCCACGAGUGUCUUCAGGAAGACGUGUCCCAGCAGACACCAGCGCUCGAGGUGAGACGCAGCAGGACAAGAGUCUGUCUGAUGGGAAUGUGAGUGUGAUCGGUCAGAGACUCGUUUACUCGAACAGAACGUUAGAUCCAGACGAGGAGAAGCCCAGCGACAUGACAUCAUCAUCUUCAUCUUCAUCAUCCUCAUCAUCACCUCAGAUCAGAGCCGCCGGCCGCCAGCCGCUCCGCGCUCUCAGACCCGCUAGAGGAUCUCCGCAGCGAGUGUCCUGCAGUCGAGUGAUGUCGGAGGGCGUGAUCGGGCGAGGAGUGUUUGCUUCGGCUGUCCUGUCCAGUCGUCUCAGUGUGGGGUGUUCUCCUGAGCAGGGUGACCCGGCCGGUCAGACACACACCUUCACCAGCGCUGUCCUCGAGUCUGACACCCGUCCUGACCCGGAGGAGCAGCCGGUCACUCAGAAGAGUUUCUCCAGGUUUGCGAGCGACAGAAUGCAUCCGCGGCGUCUGGAGCAGCAGGACACGCCCCCCGCUCAGGAGCCAAUGAGACGGCGCGUGCUCGUCGAUGAUGUGAAAGAAGUGAGUGUGAACGGAUGCGAGUCGCUCUCCAGCCCGACUGGACCGCAGAAUCCAGUGAAGUGUCUAAGCCCCGCCCAUCAGCCCGCCCCCCCGAGCAGCCUGCCCAAUAGGAGCACAGCAUCACGCCGGAUCAGACCCCCUGCAUCACACAGCUCCGAUGAGCUGACCCCUGCGAGUCUGAAGAGAGAGAGUCAGGAUCCGGCUGACCUGCGUCCCUUCUCUAAACCAGAGCUAGCGCUGACACAGAGCUUCAGACUGAUGUCCUCAGACGACUGGGAGAAGAAGAUCGAGGGGGUGAACUUCCUGCGUAGUUUGGCUCAGUAUCAUCCUGACGUCCUGAUGAGCCGGAUCCAUGACGUGUGUCUCGCUCUCGUUCAGGAGGUUCGUAACCUGCGCUCCGGCGUGUCCCGUGUGGCAGUGGUGACGCUGGGAGAGAUGUUCGCGGCGCUGCAGAAGGGAAUGGAUCAGGAGCUGGACGGGACGGUCCGAGCUCUGCUGCAGAAAGCUGGAGAAUGUAACGCCUUCAUCAGACAGGACGUGGAGCGAGCGCUGGACAGCAUGAUGAAGAACUGCUCUCUCACACGCAGCAUGAGCGCACUGCUGACCGGAGGACUGGGUCAUCUGAACUCAGUUGUGCGUAAGUGUGCGGCGCAGCGUCUCUGUGCUCUUCUGGAGCGGGUCGGAGCCGCUCGUCUGCUGUCCGGAGCUAAAGAUGUGACCGAGCGCAUCCUGCCGGCCGUCUGGAAGCUGGUGCAGGACUCGUCUCAGGAGGCCAGGUACUUCGGGCGACGCAUGCUGCUGUUUCUGUCCUCUCACCGUGACUUUGAUAAAAUGCUGGAGAAGUUCAUCCCUGCUAAAGACCUGCCGGCCGUCAGAGACACCGUCUUCACUCUCAAAACCAAGGGUCUGGGGGAGAUGCCUCAGGACGCUCCGUCGGCGCGGGGCAGGCGUUCUCUCGCGGGCAGCGGUCUGGUGCACACCUCAUCUCUCACACGUGAGACUCUGAGCUCCAGCAGGGACUGUGGGAAGGUGGGGAGUAAAGCUGCCACACACAGCCUCGCUGACCGGAGCGAGUACGUCAAACAGAUGAAGACGCUGCUCAACUCCAAAGACUUCAGGGAGAGAAUCAAGGCCAUCGAUCAGCUGGUGUGUGACUGCGAGGAGAACCCGGCUCUGGUCAUCAGCAACCUGUUCCCGGUGUUUGACGCUCUGAAGGCCCGUCUGCAGGAGUCGAACAGUAAGGUGAAUCUGCGUGCUCUGGAGGCUCUUCAGCCCAUCGUGGCUCUGCUCAGAGACAGUCUGGCUCCGGUGCUCAACAUCCUGGUCCCGGCCGUCGUGGACAAUCACCUGAACUCCAAGAGCAGCAGCAUCUCCUCGGCGGCGCAGGGGGCCGUCCAGGCUCUGAUGAACAACAUCGACAACAGCCUCCUGCUGCAGCCCUUCUGCUCCAGAGCCCAGUAUCUGAGCGGGAAGGCCAAGCUGGAGCUCAUCCAGAGAGUCGCAGAGCUGGUGACGGAGCUGUACCCGCGCAGACCGCAGCUGGUGGAGCAGAAGGUGCUUCCUCUCUUCUGGACGCUGCUCAGCUCUUCUUCUUACAGUGGACAGGUGCGGCCGGCCGCAGUGAAGCUAGCCGAAGCACUGCACACACACAUGGGUCAGACGCUGCUGGAGAGCGCCGCUUCACAGUCUGCAAACGUCCAGAGCGACCUGAAGCAGCUCCUGAGAGCCGGACCCCCACAGACCCUCUCUGACCUCUCUCAGCCUGACACUCAGACACUUUAAAUGCACAGUCACUCUCAUGCUGCUCUGAUUAUUUCUAACAGACACCUGUGUGUGUGUGUGUGUGUGUACACCAGACUCUUGUACUGUAUAAUAGCUCAGUAUUAUCUGAAUGGAUACUGUGUGUCGCUGCUGUACGGUAGAUAUACACGACCGGUCAACCGUUAGAGAGGUUCUUCUGCUCAUCAACACUGAGGUUAUUCAAUCAGAAAUACAGGGUAAACUUUAAUAUUGUGAAAUAUUAUUACGAUGUAAAAUAAAGGCAUCAUUCCUCCAGUCUUCAGUGUCACAUAAUCUUCAGAAAUCCUUCUAUCUAUAAAUCAUCAUAUUAGAAUGAUUUCUGAAGGCUCAUGGGACACUUUGUACUGGAAUAAUGCUGAUGGAAAUACAGCUUUGCAUCAUAGAAAUAAAUAAUAUUUUAAAGGAUAUUAAAAUAGAAACCGUUAUUUUAUAUUGUAAUAACAAAAAAUGUUUUUCUGUAUUUCUGAUCAAAUAAAUGCAGCUUUGAUGAGCAGAAGAGACGUCUUUAAAAACAUCACAAGUCUCACUGACCCCUAACUCUUGACCAGUAGUGUACAUGUGUAUUGGUGAAUAUUGAGUUCAUUAUGGCCUGUUUUAAGUGCAACUCAUCCUAGAUUAUUUGCAUGACUGAAGUUAUUGUUGGGUUUUUAGAAACGAAAGAAUAAACCCAGUGUUGUGAGCAGGAAGAUGUGUGUGAGUGAAUCAGAAGAAGACAGGUGCCAGUCCAUGAGAUUCCUCAGUAAAUUAUAUCAGAGACAGAGAUUUAUCUAUAUAAUAAAGUGUCUUAUUUCUGUAAA